AUGAGAACAAAUGUAGAUGGCCCUUACAAGGCAAACACUGCAUACCAACAGGUAGCCCGGAGGAGCACCCCACCAGGCGGUCCUGCAGCCACAGUAGCACGGGCAAUUCUCAAGACAGGGCCUUCAGAUCCGCCCAUUCUGGGAACCUGGGGUAGAUUUCCAGUCUGUCAACUGUUAGCCAACGGAGUAGUGGACUUGAAGAUGUGGAGAACGUACAAUGUCGAUUGUGGCCUGUUCCUGCCGCUCCAUCCAACGGCCUGGCACGCCCCUCGCUGUGCGCAUGCCGGUGACGUCACCCGCCCACUGCCCCCUCCACUGGACCGCUGCUCCGCCAGUCUGCGCUAG